CUUUUUGUUUAAUUAUUUUUUUAUUUUUUAUUUCUUUUCUUUUUCAAACUUUGCCAGAAAAACUUGCACUUGCUUGCCUCUUUAAACAAAUUUUCUCGGCAACCAAACACAGGAAACCGAACCGAACCAAAACCACGGGGUGUGCGUCAAAUGUGAUGGGAAGUGGACUCUCUUACCUCUUCCCUUGUAUCAAACCGGUUAACCGAACUAACCGGACCACGCACCAACCGGAACAGGCUCACCAACCGGACCUGAUCUUCGCUUCGUCUGAACCCUUGGAUGAGACUCUUGGACACUCCUUCUGCUACGUCCGAUCCUCUAACCGUUUUAUCUCGCCAACUCCUUCCGAUCGCUUUGUCUCUCCUUCACACUCUCUCCGUUUUUCUCCGACCCGUUCCGGACCCGGACAGCGUGGCCCGCUGCCCGAGACAGGGUUUAAGGCCAUUUCCGGAGCGUCGGUUAGUGCCAAUACUUCUACUCCCAGAACUGUCCUCCAACUUGACAAUAUUUACGACGAUGCCACUGAGACUACGUUUACCGGUGGUUAUGGUGUGAAGAGCAGUAUUGUGAAUGUCAGUGGUUUCGAGAGUACUUCGUCGUUUAGUGCUUUACCUCUCCAGCCGAUGCCACGUGGCGGUGCUUACGAUGCCUCCGAGCGGGGCCCGUUCUUCUUGUCUGGCCCGCUGGAGCGCGGGGCAUUGUCGGGCCCACUGGACCAGAACACCGGCUGCUCCGACUCCGGUGGCCAUGUCCAUUUCUCUGCUCCGCUUGGCGGCAUUUACUUAAAGAGGAAGAAGAAGAGGAACAUUUUGGGGAUUUCGGGAAUCCGGAAAGCGUUUUACGAGAAGAAACGGCCGUGGGUGGUGCCGGUACUGAAUUUCGUUUCUAGAAAGGACUGCAACCACAGUCACCACGACAACAACUUGGACGAGGAGGCUGCUGACGUGGCAAAAAACGAGAGGAAUAAUGAUAAUGUUCAAUGGGCGCUGGGUAAGGCCGGUGAAGAUCGUGUGCACGUGGUGGUAUCCGAAGAACAGGGGUGGAUGUUCGUUGGAAUUUAUGAUGGUUUCAAUGGUCCGGAUGCGCCCGAAUUUUUGAUGGGUAAUCUUUAUAGAGCUGUUUAUAAUGAGUUACAAGGUUUAUUUUGGGAUGUUGAGGAGCCAGAUGAUGAAAUCAAGAAUGCAAAUGAUGAUAAUACUCAGGAAACUGAAACUAAAAUUGACCCAGUGGUUUUAAGUAAUGAAAAUGAAACGAAAGAUAUAGAGAGAGCUAAAAAAGUGACUUUUGAAUCAGAGGGAACAGAAAAUAGGAGGAGGAGACUAUGGGAAUUUUUGGCCGAGGAGGACACCGAAGAUGGAUUGGAUCUUUCUGGGUCAGAGAGGUUUGCAUUUUCAGUGGAUGAUGCCAUUAGUGUCAACAAGGAGAGCUCAGCUGCGAGUAGGAGAUGGUUGCUGUUGUCAAAGUUGAAACAAGGGUUGUUGACAAAGCAUAAGGAGGUUGGUUAUGGGAGGAAAUCAUUGUUUCCGUGGAGGUUUGGAUUGGAGGAGAAAGAGAAGGUUGGAUUAGAUGAGAACAGAGUAGAGGAGAAGGUUGCAAAGAGUGGAAAGAAGCGAAAAGAGGGCCCGGUUGAUCAUGAAUUGGUGUUGGAGGCGAUGUCGCGAGCUCUAGAAUUGACUGAGCUUGCAUACUUGGAUAUGACGGAUAAGGUUCUUGAUACGAAUCCGGAGCUAGCAUUGAUGGGUUCGUGUUUAUUGGUUGUGUUGAUGAGGGAUGAGGAUGUGUAUGUGAUGAAUGUGGGUGAUAGUAGGGCAAUUGUAGCACAGUUUCAGCCUGAAGCAGCUGAAUGUAGUGUGGGGAUGAAAGGGCCUGGGGGCAAUGGGUCAAGUAUGGAGGGUAUAGUUGAGGAAUUGCCAGUGACACAGGAUGAAAGGGGAAGUAAGGUGAGGACAAAUGAGGCUUCUGCCCAACGAAUGAAAUUGACUGCAUUGCAGCUUUCGACUGAUCACAGCACCAGCAUUGAAGAAGAAAUCAUAAGAAUAGAGAAUGAACACCCGGAUGAUAGCCAAUGUAUUGUCAAUGAUAGAGUGGAAGGUCGUCUUAAGGUUACCAGAGCAUUUGGAGCUGGAUUUCUGAAAAAGUUCCCAGUGUAUUGUUUUAUCCAAUGGUGUGUUUUAAAAACUUGCUCAAUGAUAUCAUGGCAUCUUGGUGCAGCCCAAGUUGAACGAUUCAUUAUUGGAAAUGUUUCGAAAUGAGUAUAUUGGAACUGCUCCAUACAUAUCCUGCACGCCUUCUCUUCAUCACCAUAGACUCUGCCCAAGAGAUUAAUUUUUGAUCCUCUCAUCCGAUGGCUUAUAUCAGUAUCUGACCAAUCAGGAAGUGGUUUCAAAUGUUGAGAGUUUCAUGGAGAAGUUUCCAGAUGGUGAUCCUGCACAGCACCUAAUAGAGGAGCUGCUCUUCCAUGCAGCUGACAAAGCUGGAAAAAAUGAUAGAGCUGUAAGAUGAAACACCAACAGGGGAAAGUGAAAAAACAGAAGCAAAAAUAUGUGAGAAAGUUCUGGGUAAAGCUUUCGGAUUUAAUCAAAAUUUUGAAUUUUCACACACUAAGCAUCAUGAUACUGCAGCAGAAGCAGAGUUAAGGUGCAUAGUACAACAAGAAGAAAAUAAGAUUAAACAGUUGGAGGAGCAACUCGUCUUAGUUGAUCAACAAAAACAUAAAGUAAAAAGCCUUGAACAACAACAAUUUGUCCUGUUGGAGAUGAUGCAGCAGCUAACUAUAGCCCUUGAACUACAACAAUCUGAUAAAGCUCCAACUCGACAACCAUCGCCAUCUCCAAUUGCUAAAGACUCGUCCUUAUCAACUACAACUAUUU